AUGCCGCCCACGCCCGCGCGCGCACGUCUGCGGAGUCCCCCGCCCACGAGUCAUAAACCGCCAAAUCCGGACAAAGGACGCGCCGACCACGCGCGCCACAACCGCGCCACGACCGCGCACGCGCGGUACAUACGAUCGAAAAACCUUCGCAAGGAGCAUACCGCCGCCUCGCCGCCGCGAACGACCAAACGCGCGCGGCCCCGCGCGCAUUCGCACACACACAAAGGAUGCCAUUCUUGGACGCACGCGGUUUAUCUCAAGGUUGCCAUGUUUUCACACGUACUGUGUCCACGUAUUGAUCCACUAUUCAAAUAUUCCGUCGAUAAAUACAAUUUCUCAAGGUUGCCAUGUUUUUCGACGUACACAGUGUCCAUUCGCACCAUGAAGAAAUCACACGUCCACGACCCGUGCGCGCGACCGCCAUGGACCUACGCCACCGGUCGUCCCUUUCGAUCGCCCCGGUCGCGACGCCCGCGUCCACCGGUCGCGACGCCCGCGUCCACCGGUCGCGACGUCGUCGACGCCGAGGACGGGGCGUCGGUCAAACGCGCGGAUCUCUUUGACUUUCGCGUCGGCAUCUCGCGCCGCGCGCGACCGAACAUGACGACGAUCGCGCGCGCGAGCGCGGUGCGCGCGCCGGCCGCGGCGGCGGCGCUGCUGUCGCUCCUGGACGAACCCCGCGCGGAGCUUCGCGCGCACGCGCUGCGACGACUGCGAGAUGUCGUCGACGACGAGUGGUCGAGCGUCGCGUCGAGCGUGAGCGCGAUCGAGGCGCUGUACGAGGACGAGACGUUCGAGGGGCGGGAGGAUGCGGCGAUGUUGGCGAGCAAGGUUUUUUAUCACUUGGGGGAGCUGAAUGACGCGUUGCACUACGCGCUGCGCGCCGGGGAGAAAUUUGACGUGAACGAGCAGAGUGAUUUCGCGCAAACGCUCGCGGCGACGGCGAUCGAUCAGUACGUUGAGAAGAGGCAGGCGCUGACGAUGGAGGAGGCGCUGGGAGACGCGAAGAAGGAUGGGAUCGAUGAAAAGCUCGUGGUGGUGGUGGAGCGCAUGUUUGAGUGGUGCCUCAGCGACGGGCAGUACUUCCAAGCGAUCGGCAUCGCGCUCGAGAGCAAGCGAUUAGAUAAGUUCGAAGAGGCGGUCGCGCGAUCGAGCUCGGUUUCAGACUGCUUGUCGUACUCCAUGAAGGUGUGUACGAGCCUGGUGUCCGUUCGAGGCUUCAGACAACACGUCUUGCGCCUCCUCGCGAAGAUGUACGCUUCCCUGAGCGAGCCCAAUUUUCUAAGCAUGUGCCAGUGCUUGAUGUUGCUUGAAGAUGCGGAUGGAAUCGCGGAAGUGUUGAGCAAAUUGAUCGCAGGAGAGGAAUCGGAGCAACUGUUGGCGUAUCAGAUAGCGUUCGCUCUGUUUGAGAAUGACAUUCAACCGUUCCUGAACCGCUUGAAUGAAGUAGUCACGGAGAAGGCAAUGAGCGCCGACGAACAAGCCGACGGUGGUUCUCCGAUUUCCAAGCUGCGUAGCAUCUUGAGCGGUGAGCGUCCGUUGGCGCUGUAUCUAGAGUUUUUGCACUCGCACAACCACGCUGACUUGUUGCUUUUGAAAAAGGUGAAAGCCGCGGUGGAGACACGAAAUUCCGUGUGCCACUCGGCCACGGUUCUGGCGAACGCGUUGAUGCACGCAGGAACCACGUGUGAUAAGUUUUUACGUGAAAAUUUAGAUUGGUUGGCUAGAGCGACGAAUUGGGCUAGAUUCAGCGCCACCGCCGGGGUGGGCGUUAUUCACCGCGGACGCACCAAGGACUCUCGGCAGCUACUCUCGCAGCUUCUUCCAGCCCCGAGUCCGUACACGCUCGGUGGAGCGUUAUAUGCGAUGGGUCUAAUUCACACCGGUCAGCCAGGAGACGCGCUCCCUUUCCUCCUCGAACGUGCUCGCGGUAACAACAACGAGGUGAUCCAACAUGGCGCCUGCCUUGGCUUGGGGCUCGCUGCGGUGGGCACAGGGAACGCGCAGGUAGACGAUGAGAUGUUCCGUAUUUUGCGUACCGACAGUGCGGUUGCGGGCGAAGCCGCCGGUAUCGGUCUCGGCUUGCUGUACGCCGGUUCUUGCACGCCGCGCGCGAAGGAAAUUCAUCAGUACUGUGGAAAGACGAGCCACGGGAAGAUUGUUCGAGGUUGCUCGCUCGGCAUGGCGCUCACUGUGUACGGCCGAGAAGAGGAUGGGGAUGAUUUGAUCGAAGCCAUGAUUCACGAUGGAGACAAGAUCAUGAGAUACGGUGGUUGCCUCGCCAUUGCAUCAGCGUACGCGGGGACUGGGAACAACAAUGCGCUUCGCAAGCUGCUGCACAUGGCGGUCUCCGACGUGUCGGAUGACGUCCGUCGCUCCGCGUGCAUGUCGCUCGGUUUCGUCUUGAUGUCCACUCCAGAGCAAUGUCCGCGAGUUGUUGCUCUCCUGGCUGAGUCGUACAAUCCGCACGUACGAUAUGGUGCCGCCAUGGCGGUCGGCGUCGCGUGCGCUGGCACUGGCAUGCCAGAGGCGAUUGCGCUUCUCGAGCCGAUGAUGAACGACCCGGUGGACUUCGUCCAGCAAGGUGCGCUCAUCGCCACAGCGUUCGUUCGCAUACAGCAGAGCGAAAAGCAGCUCGAGCCGUUCCGCAAGAAGGUGCUAGGUCACAUUCAAGACUCACACGAGACGACCAUGUGCAAGAUGGGCGCAAUCAUGGCGCAGGGGAUCUUGGACGCAGGCGGUCGAAACGUCACCGUGGGCUUGCGCUCCAAGACAGGUCGACCGAGGAUGACAUCGGUGCUUGGUAUGAUGGUUUUCACUCAGUACUGGUUCUGGUAUCCCCUCUCUUACUUCUUAUCCCUCGUGUUCGUCCCCACCGCGUUCAUCGCCGUGGACGGUACGCUCAACAUGCCGCACUGCUCGGUGACGUCGCACUGUAAGCCAUCGACGUUCGCCUAUGCGGCCGCGACGACCGAAGAUGACAAAAAGGACGACGGAAAGGUCGUCAAGGCUGUUCUCAGUACGACCGCAAAGGCGAAAGCAAAGGCAGACAAGAAGAAGGCGGAGGCGGAGGGCACCGAGGGCAUGGAGGUGGACACGGCUGUGAAGAGUGAAGACAAGCCCGCGGGUGAGGACGCGAUGGACGUGGAGACCACCGAGGCAAAGAAGGAAGGAGGCGAAGACGAGAAGAAGAUAGACCUCCCGGAACCGAGCUCGGAGGAGCUCACAAACCCGAGCCGCGUGACUCCGGCGCAAGAAAAGUAUGUGCGAUUCGACCAAGGCAGCCGCUUUGUCCCGAUCGCGGUCUCCGCGUCCAAGUGCCACACCAGAAGCUUCAUCGUCCUUCGCGACACCGAUGUGGGAGAAGAGAUCGCAUACGUCGACGCGCAAUUCAAACCCGUGGAACCACCUGCUGCGCCCGCCGCGGCGGAUGACGACGAGCCCGCACCUCCAGAGGACUUCGAGUUUGAUCCAGACGCCGAGGAUCGCGGGUUUUAG